AUGCAAUCCGAACGCAAAUCAUCAAAAGAUACUAACCCUGAAACAACUAGCGGAACGGGUAAAAAGAAAAAAAACGAGAAAAAAGGUUAUUUUAACGAGUCGUCAUCGUCGGGCGACGACGGAUGGUUCUUCACAAUUGCUGAGUCUGAUAGCACAGAAAGUAAAACUGAUGCCAAGAAAGUAAAAGAAGAUAAGGAUAAAAGAGUUACAAAGGCUAACCCACUAAAGGACUCUGAGUCAUCUGACAGUGAUGAGAAACGUAAAAAAGAAAAGAGUGGAAAAGGCACUAUUAAAUCAGACGGACCAUUAAAACAUUCCGAAUCUUCGAACAGUAAUGGUAAAAAUAAGAAAAACAAAAAUGAAAAUGAUAGAACAAAUACAGUUAAAUUAGACCGAGUAUUAAAAGAUUCUGAAUCUUCUGACAGUAACGAUAAAAAUAAGAAAAUCAAAAAUGAAAAUGAAAGAAAAAAUACAGUUAAAUCAGAUGGAGCAUUAAAGGAUUCUGGAUCUUCUGACAAUAACGGUAAAAAUAAGAAAAACGAAAAUGAUAGAAAAAGCAGUAAUAAACCAGGAGAAAGUUCCAAAAUACCAUCGUUUCUAAAUAAACUACUAAAAGAUUCUGAUUCUUCUGGCAGUGAUAGUGGUAAAAACAGGAAUAUUAAAAAAGGAAAAGAAAGCUCACCUCUAGCUAAUUUGCUAAAGGAUUCUGAAUCAGAAGUCAGUAACAAGAAAGCUCAGAAAGAAUGUAAUAGAAAAGGCAGUAUUACAGUAGACAACAAUUCCCCAUUGAAAGACUCUGACUCUUCUGACAGUAAUAGAAAAAAUAAGAAAAGUAAACCAAAAGAAAAGGAAGAAGGUACUAAAGCAGCUGAUCUGCUGAAAGAUUCUGAUUCUUCUGUCAGUAACGUUAAGAAUAAGAAAAAGAAAAAUGAAAAUGAAAGAAAAUAUACAGUUAAAAUAGACGGAGCAUUAAAGGAUUCUGAAUCUUCUGACAAUGACGGUAAAAAUAAGAAAAACGAAAAUGAUAGAAAAAGCAGUAAUAAACCAGGAGAAAGUUCCAAAAUACCAUCGUUUCUAAAUAAACUACUAAAAGAUUCUGAUUCUUCUGGCAGUGAUAGUGGUAAAAACAGGAAUAUUAAAAAAGGAAAAGAAAGCUCACCUCUAGCUAAUUUGCUAAAGGAUUCUGAAUCAGAAGUCAGUAACAAGAAAGCUCCGAAAGAAAGUAAUAGAAAAGGCAGUAUUAAAGUAGACAACAAUUCCCCAUUGAAAGACUCUGACUCUUCUGACAGUAAUAUAAAAAAUAAGAAAAGUAAAUCAGAAGAAAAGGAAGAAGGUACUAAAGCAGCUGAUCUGCUAAAAGAUUCUGAUUCUUCUGUCAGUAACGAUAAAAAUAAAAAAGAGAAUAUUAGGAAACAAAGUACGAAAAAGCAACAAUCUAAGCCAUUGCAGGACACAGGAUCUUCUGACAGUGAUGUUGGUACUAAAAUCACGAAGAAAAAGAAACAAAACGUAAAAAAAGAUAACAAAACAACCAAAAGAGACUAUGCGUCUUCAGACAGUGACGAAAUUAAUAAAAAUGUAAGAAAAGACGAUAAGAAUUCUAAUUAG